UGGUUAGGAGAAUAUUAAUAGCUUUGGUAAUGUCCACUUCGGGGACGUCCGCACUUAUGUGAUAAUUACCAAAACAUGAACGAAAUAUCGUAAAUUCGCGAUUGUCACGCUGUGAGUAGUAGUCAUAGUUAGGUGUGGUGAGAUCACUGAUAACGUUGUUAAUAGACGUCUUCUACAGUUGGAUAAAACACGAGUGUUAAAAUGGUGAAAGUCAAUGAAAAGGAUGAGACUUCAAAAACUCCUGGACACGACCCACUUUCCUCAAUGUCAAGUGAGGGAUCGUUUGUUGUUUUGGGAACAUCACCUCAUGAAUCUGAAAGACAGCCUGCAAGUGAUAUUACUAUUGUCUCACAGCCACCAAGUUUUAAUGAACUUAUGUUGACAGAUUAUCAGACACCAUCGAACUUACCGGAACCGCUAUCUGCUGACUUGAGUCCAGAAGAGGUACACAAAAAGCUUGAAGAGGUCGUGCAGCACAAUCUUCAUCUGAAAGAGCUGUUGUUCCAGAAUAACCUAAGCUGGAAACGUAAUUACCAGAUAUUACUAACAUGGCAGGAAGAACUCUCAAAGCAGCAACAGAAGAAUAAUGAAAAAUUUGCAGAAAAUAAGGAGUUCACAAUGAAGUUGAUUGCAGAAAACAAGGAGCUAAAACGUUACAUUGAGGAAUCAAAACGAGGAAGUGACCUUGAAUUGCAGCUGGAAGCUGAAAAUGCUGAGCUUAAGAAAAAAACAGCAGAAUUGGAGAAAAGGCUGGCAGCAUCAAGUGCAAAGGGAGAAAAAACAGAAUGUGGAACACCAAGUAAGAAAGAACUAGAGUUGAGCAGUCUUGUAGAGCAGUUGAAUAAACAACUUGAAGCAGCAGAAAGAUCAAAACGGCAGCUAAUAAUGGACAAUGAGCGUCUGAGUGCUCAAAAAAGUCGAUUAGAGAAAGAAAUGGAUAAUAUAAAGGCUGAUCUAGAAGAGCUGAAGGUGAACUGUCAUAAGUUAGAAUUGGAAAGAGAAAAGCUGCUCUCCAGAUCAAAUCAUCUUGAUGAGAGCUCUACCUCUCCUCAGUUGGAUGAGCAAAGUAAUGAAGAGACUGAUUUUGCUACCAGCAUGAAAAAUUAUGAGAGACGUCUACAGCAAAUCAAUACAAACCUAGAUGAGAAGACUGAAAGGUACACAACUUUGGACAGCUGGCUACAGGUAGCUGCUGACAAUGUUAAUCAGUGGAAUGGAAUCCCAAGUGCAGAUUCUGCUAUUAUAGCAAAUCUCAAGAAAGAAAUCCAUGACUUACGACAAUUAUUAAUAAAAGAACAGAGCUUUGGACAUGAUAAAAAAAUAAACUUAGCUGAAGCUCAGUCACAGUUUCAGAAAUUAUUCUCAGACUACCAAGAACUUUUAGAAGAGUGGGAAAAAUUUCAUGCGGAACAGAAAACAAAAGAAAAACAAAACAAUGAAUACCAUGAAUUUCAAGUUCGAGGGUAUGUUGAAAAAAUAGACAACCUUACUGCACAACUGAUGUCAAAAGAAGAAGCUCUUACACAACAGAAACAACGAAUUGAGGAACUGACUAAAGAAGUAAAGAAGCUUGAGCAAGAAAAAGAAGAAAUUCCUGUACUAAAAGCUCAGGCGGAAGUAUACCAGUCAGAUUUUAUUGCUGAAAGAGAAGCAAGAGCUAAUUUGGCAGGAGAGAAAGAAAAAUUGGCUGAAGAUCUAAGAAAACUCCACCGCCAGAACAAGGAGCUUCGGGAAGAAUUAGAGAAGUGUCGGCCUGACAGAGGUCGUUUGAAUAGUGGUUGGAACACCUUUUCAGCUCCAGGAAGGCCUAGGGUAAAUGGCCAGAACCAGCAACAAACUUCAGAUGUAGAAGACAGACAGAGUGAAAGACAGGUGAACGACCUGUACCAUUGCCCAAAGUGCAACAUGAGUUUCUUUGUACUUCAAGCUCUGGAACGGCAUGUGGAUAGAUGUCUGGAUCUGCAGAUGUUCCCUGAAUGAAGUGCCAACAACAGCUAGAAGAUAAUUAAUUAAACAUUUAUUUUCAUGUAACGAAACCUGCUUAAACUGUAUGUAGUCUUCUAGUUAUGAGAGUGGUUAAUACCAUUUCCCAUAUGUACUUGUACAGCGUUCAGAAACAAAUUCUAUGUAUGUUGCAUCAUAAAAAUUUUAUAAUAUAUUUGUCUACAUAAUUAUCCUAUUUGCAGUUUUCUACCAUCUUUAACUUUCUGGGGGACCUUUUUCAUUUCUUUAUUCUUUCAGUGGCUUUCAGGUAGACUUCAAAUUGGUGUUAUGUGUUAGCACUCAGUUUCCUUCUGCAGCCCAUGUGAUACAUGUUCAGUUUGUAUUUUAUUUGAUGAAAAACUCUUCAUGACAUAAUGUUCGUACAUGGUUUCUGAAUAUUGUUUGAGGUGCUCCCAUAGUUACCACUUCUGUUGUAUACUGUGUAUGUGUGAUUAGUAUAUAUUUUAUUAUGCAGUUUUGUUCAGUCAUUGUCAGAUGGUGCAUUUGUGACCAUUAUCUUCUGUUAGUGUAUAAUUCUUCAGUGGAGAUUUAAUUCGGAGACAGAUCAUCAGUGAUUUAAAACAAAAUAAGUUAUUGAUAUCCCAUAUAUUACUGUAGCCUUUUUAUUAACUUCCACAAAAAUUUAAAAUAACUUUUUAGUUAGCACAGAGAAAUGAGGGAAAGCAGUUUUGCCACAAUCUACAGCUCGUACAAUGUGUUCAUACGAUCAUUUGGAAUUUACAGAUUCAUUACAAACCAAACAAACCCUGGUAACUUUCAAUCAUUUGCUGCCUUUUUUUUGCUCACCUUUACUGAAAGCAAAUUGCUAAUAACUUUCAUUUUUACAUGUGCGAUCACUGUUAAAAUUUAGCAAUCAUGCACAGAAAAUUGUUUACUUUUUCAUUAAUAUUUCCCUUUAAUUUUUGCCAAAUUGCACUCGACUGAUAAAAUUUGGUUCAUGACAUCACUUAUAAGUGUUUUGUUCUAGUUUGCGAUAAAGGCAGUGAGUUGCAGUGUGCUUUUCUGAUACUGUGAUCGUAGUAUUAGCAGUCUACUAAGUCAGUUUAUGUCCAGGAAAGGGAAUUGACUGAGGUUUACUUUGAGAAAUCAACUGAGGUUUAUUGUGAGUGAAGAGAUCCAAUAAUUUGCCUGUUGUAACUAUAAUUAUUUGCUACAGAUACUGUUUUGUUGUAUGUAGUCUGCCAGUAUGGUUUAAUUCACAUGAACUAAAUUACACAGCUGUGGCUAUUUAUUUAAUACCAUCAUGGUGCAGUAUGGUAGUUUGCAUUUUCUUUUUAGGCCAGUGGUUUGAUCUUUAUCCCACUUGAUAAUGUUCAUACAAUGUUUUGCAUUUAUUGUAAUAAACUAUUUAUAACAACAGUCAUAAAUUUUCUCUCUGUAUAUGUUAAAUGUUAGGCCAAAACAUGAGGCUGCUGUAAUAUUAAGCAGCAUGCCAGUACCUUAUUGAAAUGAAUGUUGAACUUAAGUAAUUAACAAUAACUCAUUUACUGGUAUGAGUUACAAAAAGUAAAAAUCUGUACACCUAGCAACAGAUACCACUUUGCUGUUUUUGGUCACAUUUUUCAUUGUUACAUUAGUUUCUCUACUGAUAUAAAGUAAAUUACAUGUUGCAUUAUAUUUCUUGUCACACAACUCAUUUUCUGUAUGAUUACAGGAUGUAUUCAUAAGUAUGUUUAUUAAAUUGCUACUGAGCUUAUUUUAGAAACUAGGGUGUAAUAUUUGACAUCUAUGGGAGUUCUCAAACUAAUUCCAUCAUUAUAAGAUUGUUCCUUGCAAAAAUUUGUUUCAAUUUGAGUUGCCAGUAAUGUAAAUCUAGGAAAGAAAUGAGUUUCUUUUAAUGACCAGUUACCAUCUCUGAUGCUGUUGUAUAUUUUACAAUCACUUAUUAUUAUUAUUAUUAUUAUUAUUAUUAUUGUUAUUGUUAUCAUUAUUGACUAUCCUAGUGCUUCCAUUGGUUUCAUUAAUACUGUUCAUAUGAUGCCUGUAUUUUAUUAAUAUUUCAAAUUUUAUGAGCAGAUAUGUAUAUCACAAAACUAUUUCAUUUUUAUUACAUUAAUAGAAGUCUUUCAUCCAUUAAAAACAUGUUUUAAACUGGAAA